AUGGAAUCCUCUGCAGCACUUGUCCCAUUCUCUCAGCUCACUUCUUUCUUCUCACAUAAACCCAACAACAGAAUUAGCAAAGCUCAUCCUUCUUGGCAUUCCAAACCAAGAACCUCUCUGCCAACUCGCAUACACUGCCAAAAGAUGUAUGUCCCUGGAUUUGGAGAAGCGUCGCCAGAAGCAAAGGCGGCCAGUAAUCUCCAUAGUUUCUUCACUUAUGUUGCUGUUAGCAUUGUCACUGCACAGCUUGAGAGUUACAACACAGAGGCAUAUGAAGAGCUGAUGGAGUUUCUGAGUAGAAACUCACUGAAUGAUGGAGACAAGUUCUGUGCCGAUUUGAUGCGAGAAUCUUCCAGGCAUCAGGCACUAGCUCUACGGAUUUUAGAGGUUCGAUCUGCAUAUUGUAAGAAUGAUUUUGAAUGGGACAACUUAAAGCGGUUGGCUAGUAAGAUGGUGGAUGAAUCCAACACAAGACUCAUGAGGGAUUAUGUCUUAGAAACAAGUCAUGUGGACAGUGAAGGAAAAAAUGAGAAGUGA